AUGUUUCACAAGAUUAAGAACCCAUUCCGAAACCGCGCUUCAGGAAGGCGACCGUCUGAAGAUGGCGUGCCGCUUCUUACAAUGUCUGAACAGCUUAGAUCCUCAGUCCAAAUUGCACACCAACCUAAUUGGAACGCUUCACCUAGACGUCAAAACGAUAGAGAUUCUCGCAACCUUCCAUCAGUACAAGAAAUCAGAGUCCCGCAGACACCUCAACAUGCUCCCUUGUCUCCUCAUCAUUCAUCUCUUGAUAAUCAACAUACCAGGUCUCGUUCUAUUCAGAGCAAUGAGAAUGGUCGUCCAUCUACAUCCACACGGGCCGAAAGUGUUGUAUCAAGAUCUAGUAGUCAUCAUACUACAUCAACAAAUAUGAAUCCCAGAGUGGUGGUCCCACAAAGUGGAUCAUCUAGAAGUGAGCUUCGUCUCUCCUCUGCAUCAAGGGUUAAGCCCCGUUCUUCCAUUCUAAGAUCUAUCUUUAUCGAACGGCCAAGUAACAAGUCCCGCUAA